UUCAAAUUUCACCUCCUCCCUUCUCUCUCUCUCUCUCUCUCUCUCUCUCUCUCUCUUGCCAAGCCUGCAUUUUUUAAGGGAGCGACAAAUGUCUGCGGACAAAGAUGAGGACCCUCGCAUGUAUGGCAUCAAGUCCAGAAUCCGGGUCGUCCCCGACUUCCCCAAACCAGGAAUAAUGUUCCAAGACAUCACCACUCUGUUGCUGGAUUCCAAGGCCUUCAAGGACGCCAUCGACUUGUUCGUUGAGCGUUACAAGGACAGAAACAUUUCCGUUGUUGCAGGAAUAGAAGCUAGGGGUUUCAUAUUCGGUCCUCCUAUUGCCUUAGCGAUAGGAGCGAAAUUCGUUCCCUUGAGAAAGCCUGGGAAGUUGCCAGGUGAGGUCAUCUCAGAAGAUUACGUUCUGGAGUAUGGAAAAGAUUGCUUGCAAAUGCACAUCGGGGCAGUGCAACCUGAGGAACGAGCUUUGGUGGUCGAUGAUUUAAUUGCCACCGGUGGUACCCUUUGUGCAGCCAUGAAUUUACUUGAGCGUGUUGGAGCUGAAGUUGUUGAAUGUGCAUGCGUGAUUGAAUUGCCGGACUUAAAGGGUAGGGAGAGGUUGAAGGGAAAGCCUUUAUAUGUGCUCGUGGAGUCCCAUUGAUUCUAGCAGCGCGUGUUGUGCCCUCCUUGGUGAAACCUUCUUAGACGUACAUUAAAGCGAUACUGGUUAUUGUUCACUUCUCAUCGGGGAUCCGAUCUUAUCUUUGCUCUCUUCCCACCAUUGCCGAAUUUUGAUCGGCCUUGGUGAUUCGGUCGGACUGGCAUAAUUUAACCUGGCAAGGUCCAGGAAUGUUGUAUUGAAGAGCUUGUUUGGUUCGUGGGUACUUUUAGCUUCUGUUUUCUCAGGAGGUAAAAAUGUGUCAACCUAAAUCCAUCAUACCAGGUUUUAUUGAUUCGGAUUUCGUGAGCUGCGAUGUUGCUGAAUCUCAUCUCCAACCUUUGUUGACUCUUAAGAUCAUGUGAUAUCAAUGUAUAUCUCUGAAAUUCUGCAUUUAA